AUGUGCGUCAACAAAAUCAAAACUCCAAACGUAAUUGGUAUUUACGGCCCUCCAGGAGCCGGCAAAACGAUCCUGCUGUCUCAACUCCGCCAAACGACAGAAAUAUGGCUUGAGGAGUACGACUAUUAUGAGGGCUCUGAAGUCAUUGAUUCUGUUGUGGACGGCGGUCUAGCUGCCUUCAAAAAGCUGCCGCACGCAGAUAAACAGCGCCACCGGGCUACGGCUGUCCGACAGAUUGACAGGGGUGCCUGCAACAACGGCAAGAGUGCCCUGGUGGCCGGCCACUUCAUCCUGCCAAGCGAUGACCUUGACGGAGGCUUUCAAGAGGUGUACACUGAAGCCGACCUGGAAACAUUUACGCACAUCGUCUAUCUCAAGGUCCCCGCAGAAGACAUUUGCAAGCAACGCGCUGCUGAUAUGCAGCGGAAGCGAGCAUCGUUCCCAGUUGAGGAGGUGAACAGGUGGCAGGAUGUCGAGGUUGAGAGGCUAUUUCAUCUCUGUUUAGACAGAGGUAUCGUCUUCGCGACUGUUAGUGGAGGGAAGGAAACAACGGUGCAGCGCGUCGCAGAUCUGUGCUCCUUCUGGAAUUUGAGCGAGCAGCAAAAUUCCGAUCUUGCAGUGUGCAUGGCCACACUGCUGUAUAGGGCCACGGAAGAAUACGGCCGCUUAUAA